AUGGAUGGAUGCCAUUGUAGUGCAUACCCACUAAUCUCUGCCUCCGACUCCGAUUCAGAAAUCAAUCCAGUCAACAGCGAUAAUCCAUACUUCAAUAUAAAGUUUGAGUACACGAAUACGUCCGUUUUGAAUGCUAGAAGCUCCCACGUCAAUGGUGAUACUACCUAUCACAAAUUUUCAAAUAUCUCAAAGGAUGAAUUGAUGCAGGAAACAACCAUUGUUUCUUGGCUUUCCCAAAUGUGUGUGCCAUGUUUUGCUCACAAGUUUGUAGUGGAAAAUAUAUUGAAAUGUGCACGUUGGAUGGCUAGUAGCACCUGGAAUAAGUGCACAAAGGUUCUGUAUAUGUGUGUCGAUGUGGUAAUCACUAGGCCCAACGAAGAAGUGGAAGAUCGUCGUGAAGAAGAAGUGGAAGACGACGACGAAGACGAAGACGAAGACGACGACGACGACGACGAUGAUCGAUUGGUGCCAGCAGCUAGGUCAGUAGUUGAGGGGUUGGAGGUUGAAAAAGAUGGGUCUGCUGCGAGAACGUGUGCUAUUUGUUUUGAAGAUUUUCUCGAUGGUGUUCGCAUGCCAUGUCUGCACAUGUUUCAUAAAACGUGCAUCGUCGAUUGGUUGCAAGUAGGCCAUUCAUGUCCUGUGUGUCGUUUCAAGAUGGCCACGGAUGAAAACAAGUGA